UUUUAUUAAAUUGAGAAAUAAUGUACAAAUUAAGAAUUUUACCUUUUAGUUACACAAUAAAAUCAGUUCGAUGUCUUCAUUAUGGACAAGCAAAUGUAUUAAAAUCGAAUAUCAAUCGAAAUUCUGAUGAAUAUCAGGAAAACUUCAACGCAUUAUCGUCAAUUGUAAACAAUCUUCGAAUUAUAACGCAAAAUGUGUUAAAAACAGAUGAAACCGCCAUCAAGAGACACACGUCAAAAGGAAAAUUGUUGGUUCGUGAGAGAAUUUCAAAACUUCUUGAUCCCGGCUCACCAUUUCUUGAGUUAUCUCAACUUGCUGGAUAUGAAAUGUAUGGUAAAGAAGUUGUCAAUUCUGGUGGAAUCAUUACUGGUGUUGGGAAAAUUUGUGGACAGCUAACGAUGAUUGUUGGCAAUGAUGCAACUGUCAAAGGCGGUUCUUACUACCCAAUAACAGUAAAGAAGCAUCUAAGAGCUCAGGAAAUUGCGCAAGAAAAUCGUCUACCUUGCAUCUAUCUUGUUGAUUCAGGAGGUGCCAAUCUUCCACGUCAAAGCGACGUCUUUCCUGACAAAAAUCAUUUCGGUCGAAUAUUUUUCAAUCAAGCGAAUUUGUCAUCUGCUGGCAUUGCACAAAUAGCUGUGGUGUUAGGAAGUUGUACAGCAGGUGGUGCUUAUGUUCCAGCUAUGGCUGAUGAAUCUAUCAUUGUGAAGAAUCAAGGAACAAUUUUCUUAGCUGGUCCACCUCUCGUCAAAGCAGCGACUGGAGAAGAAGUUUCAGCUGAAGAUCUCGGUGGAGCUGAUCUUCAUUGCAAGACUUCUGGUGUCACAGAUCAUUAUGCUGUUGACGAUGAACAUGCUUUAUAUCUCGCAAGACAAAUCGUUGCUAAUCUUAAUCUUCCAGAUACAAAUCGCUAUGACGACAAUCUCAAGUGGGAUUAUUCAGUGUCUCGAGGCGGCAACGAAAUCAAAGUUUCCGAUGUCGAAGAACCUGCAUACGAUCCUUCUGAACUCUACGGAAUCGUCGGUUCAUCGUUAACAAAGAAUUUUGAUGUUCGUGAAGUUAUCGCGAGAAUUGUUGACGGUUCGAGAUUUCAAGAAUUCAAAAAACUUUAUGGUGAGUCGUUGGUGUGUGGAUUUGCAAAGCUUUAUGGGAAAACGAUUGGAAUUGUUGGUAAUAAUGGUGUGUUGUUCAGUGAGUCUGCUCUUAAAGGAGCUCACUUCAUUCAAUUGUGUGGUCAACGGAAUAUUCCGCUUCUCUUCCUUCAAAACAUCACGGGAUUCAUGGUUGGUCGUGAAGCAGAAUCCCAAGGGAUUGCUAAGAAUGGUGCGAAGAUGGUGAAUGCUGUAGCAACAGCGCGUGUUCCUAAAUUGACUGUCAUCAUUGGUGGAUCUUAUGGUGCUGGUAAUUAUGGCAUGUGUGGAAGAGCUUACUCGCCAAGAUUCCUUUACAUGUGGCCAAAUGCAAAGAUUUCAGUCAUGGGCGGUGCUCAAGCUGCUGGGGUUCUCGCUCAAAUCACUGAAGAUCAAUACAAAAGGUCGGGCAAAGAAUGGACACAAGAAGUUGGUGACAAGAUUAAAGCGCCAAUCAUCAAGCAAUUCGAAGAAGAAAGUUCAGCUUAUUAUUCAUCAGCUCGUCUAUGGGAUGAUGGAAUAAUCGAUCCAAUUGACACGAGAAAAGUUCUCGGAUUGUCACUUGCAGCAGCUCUUAAUGCUCCAAUCCAACCAACUCAUCACGGAGUCUUCCGAAUGUAAACAAACAGACUUUCCAUGACUGAAAGCAUUUACAACGAAAUUUGAUGCAUUUAUUAGACAAUUAAGAAAAAAAUGUUGAGGACCAAGUCCCCCGCCCCCGCAAUAUCCCAAAGUCAAAAAUUUCUUUUAAUUUUUAAUGAUUUUAUUUUAAUGAAGUUUCAUUCUUUUCAUAAUUUGAAAUAAAAAAAAAAGAAUUAAAAAUUAA